AGCGGCGGCGUCCGAGCUACGCCACACGGGGCCGGGACGCUGGGAGCCCGAGCGUGGAGCGGGGUCGUGGCGGCGGCGGCGGCGGCGGCGAGGAGAGCGAGGAGAAGGGGGAGCCAUGGCGGGGCAGCAGUUCCAGUACGAUGACAGCGGGAACACCUUCUUCUACUUCCUCACUUCCUUCGUGGGGCUCAUCGUGAUUCCAGCUACUUACUACCUCUGGCCCCGAGACCAGAAUGCCGAGCAAAUUCGAUUAAAGAAUAUCAGAAAAGUAUAUGGAAGAUGUAUGUGGUAUCGCUUACGGUUAUUAAAACCCCAGCCAAAUAUUAUUCCUACAGUAAAGAAAAUAGUUCUGCUUGCAGGGUGGGCAUUGUUCUUAUUCCUUGCAUACAAAGUUUCCAAAACAGACCGAGAAUAUCAAGAAUACAAUCCUUAUGAAGUAUUAAAUUUGGAUCCUGGAGCAACCGUAGCAGAAAUUAAAAAACAGUAUCGCUUGCUGUCACUUAAAUACCAUCCAGACAAAGGAGGUGAUGAAGUUAUGUUCAUGAGGAUAGCAAAGGCUUAUGCAGCUUUAACAGAUGAAGAGUCUAGGAAAAAUUGGGAAGAAUUUGGAAAUCCAGAUGGGCCUCAAGCCACAAGCUUUGGAAUUGCAUUGCCAGCUUGGAUAGUUGACCAAAAAAAUUCAAUUUUGGUUUUACUUGUGUAUGGAUUGGCAUUUAUGGUUAUCCUUCCAGUUGUUGUGGGCUCUUGGUGGUAUCGUUCAAUACGCUAUAGUGGAGACCAGAUUCUUAUACGGACAACACAGAUUUACACAUACUUUGUUUAUAAAACUCGAAACAUGGAUAUGAAACGUCUUAUUAUGGUUUUAGCUGGUGCUUCUGAAUUUGAUCCUCAGUAUAAUAAAGAUGCCACAAGCAGACCAACAGAUAAUAUUCUAAUACCACAGCUAAUCAGAGAAAUCGGCAGCAUUAACUUAAAGAAGAAUGAGCCUCCACUUACCUGCCCAUAUAGCCUGAAAGCCAGAGUUCUUUUACUUUGUCAUCUUGCUAGAAUGAAAAUUCCUGAGACCCUUGAAGAAGAUCAGCAAUUUAUGUUGAAAAAAUGCCCUGCACUACUUCAAGAAAUGGUUAAUGUAAUCUGCCAACUAAUAAUAAUGGCCCGGAGCCGUGAAGAAAGGGAGUUUCGUGCUCCAACUUUAGCAUCCUUAGAAAACUGCAUGAAGCUUUCCCAGAUGGCUGUUCAAGGCCUUCAGCAGUUUAAGUCUCCCCUUCUGCAACUCCCUCACAUUGAAGAAGACAAUCUCAGAAGAGUUUCGAAUCAUAAAAAGUACAAAAUUAAAACUAUCCAGGAUUUGGUGAGUUUAAAAGAAUCAGAUCGUCACAGUCUACUACACUUCCUUGAAGAUGAAAAAUACGAAGAAGUUAUGGCUGUCCUUGGGAGUUUUCCAUAUGUGACCAUGGAUAUUAAAUCCCAGGUACUGGAUGAUGAAGAUAGUAACAACAUCACAGUAGGCUCCUUGGUGACAGUGUUGGUUAAAUUGACAAGACAAACGAUGGCAGAAGUGUUUGAAAAGGAACAGUCCAUCUGUGCCGCUGAGGAACAGCCUGCAGAAGAUGGGCAGAAUGAUGCUAAUAAGAACAAGGCAAAAGGAGGAUGGCAGCAGAAGAGCAAAGGACCCAAGAAAACUGCUAAGUCAAAAAAAAAGAAACCUUUGAAAAAAAAGCCUACAUCUGUGCCAUUAUCACAGACAAAGCAACAGAGACAGAAGCAGGCUAAUGGAAUUGUUGGGAGUGAAGCUACAAUAAAGGAGGAUGAAGAAGAAGUAUCUGACAAAGGCAGCGACUCUGAGGAAGAAGAAACCAAUAGAGAUUCCCAGAGUGAAAAAGAUGAUGGUAGUGACAGAGAAUCUGAUAAAGAGCAAGAUGAAAAACAGAACAAAGAUGACGAAGCAGAGUGGCAAGAAUUACAACAAAGUAUACAACGAAAAGAAAGAGCUCUACUGGAAACCAAAUCAAAAAUAACACAUCCUGUCUACAGUCUUUACUUUCCUGAAGAAAAACAAGAAUGGUGGUGGCUUUAUAUUGCAGACAGGAAAGAACAGACAUUAAUAUCGAUGCCAUAUCAUGUGUGUACUCUAAAAGAUACAGAAGAGGUAGAACUGAAGUUUCCUGCACCCGGCAAGCCUGGAAAUUAUCAAUAUACAGUGUUUCUGAGAUCUGAUUCCUAUAUGGGUUUAGAUCAGAUUAAACCACUGAAGUUGGAGGUUCAUGAGGCUAAACCUGUGCCAGAAAAUCAUCCACAAUGGGAUACAGCAAUAGAAGGAGAUGAAGACCAGGAAGACAGCGAGGGCUUCGAAGACAGCUUUGAGGAAGAAGAGGAGGAGGACGAAGAUGAUGACUAAUCAGUACUCUGGUGGACCACAGCCUUUGCACAUACGUGCAAACGUUUGCUGUUUUGUACGUGUAUAAUAAACCAGAAGCAGUGCAGAACUGAUGUUGAGGGAAGUGCUGGUUUCUUUAUUAGAAAUGGGUACAUAAGAUAACUAGGCAGUUGGCAGUGCCUUGGUACAAUCUGAAAAAGGCCGACUUAGAGCCUUUCAAGUGGGUUGGUGCAUUUAUUUCAUCUGCAAAUGAUAAUAAAUCCUUUGUUAUUCUAACAGUCCAGCAGUGUGGGCUAUGUAUUAUCUGAUCAAUUUAAGGUCUCAGUCAAAGUCAAGGUACAUGAAAAGCAAUCUAUAAAUGAACAACUUUCCUUUGUUCGCUUUUAGUUUUAGUAAACACUAUGAUAACCAUCACAAAUAUUCAAAUAACAUCUGUUCAAGUGUCCAAUCCCUUGAUAAACUGUUAUUCUUUUAUUGAUAUUUUGCGGGUGAUGCGACUAUAACAAUUCCAUACAUGAGCUCAUUUUUACCUGUUUUGGUCAUGAGUUGGCAUGCUCACAUUCCACAUAAUGCAGAGGGCUACAUUUUGAGAUUUUCUUUAAUUGCCCAAGUUAUCUGAAUAUGAAUGGUUUUUAAUGGCUUACAAAAUCUUUAAGCCUCUUUCUUAGUAGGUCAUUGCAGGAUCUAGUUCUUUUGAUAAGCUGUAGGUCUAAAAGUAAUUGUGGGACCAUACGUUCUUUGAUAUUGGUGGUUUCUGUUAUCAAAGUUUUUUUUAAAAGGUUCACUAAUCUACCUGAUUCUAUCAGAAGCCUUUUAAGGAAAACAACAUGCAAAGGAGGCAUUUUUUUGUAUUCAUUUUGGACUCCAGUCAAUAAAAUCAAAGUUUGACUC